UCUGGCAAUUUUACCUCUCCUCUUUUCUUCUGUAGUUUCUAUAUCUAUGAAAAUUCAUAUCUUCCACAUUUUUCCUGUGUGAAAGAUGAAGCUGACUGCUUCAGUUUUGCUCGUGACUGUUAUUAUUUCUUGGGCGGCAAGCCCAGCUCUGAGCAUCAGAUUUCCGGAUCGGAUCUCAGGAAACGUGAAUGCCUUAUCUGAGCAGCCACUCAGAACUGCGGUUUUCGCCCUCGGCAGCUUUUGGAGGUCUGAGGCUGCGUUUGGAUGCUUGGACGGCGUCGUACGGACAGCCGCAGGUUAUUCUGGUGGAUCCAGACCUAACCCGGAGUACCGAAGCUUAGGUGAUCACGCUGAGUGUGUGCAGAUAGAAUAUAAUCCCAGGAUUAUUAGUUUCAGAGAACUACUUGAUGUCUUUUGGACUAGUCAUGAUUCUAGGCAAGUAUUUGGGCAAGGUCCUGAUGUUGGAAAUCAAUACAGGUCUAUAAUCUUCACAAAUGGAACUGAAGAAACCAGGUCGGCUGCUCUCAGCAAAGAAAGGGAGCAAACACGGUCAAAGACCAGUGUUGUCACCACUCAAAUUCAACAGCUAGGAACGUUUUAUCCUGCAGAGCCUGAACAUCAGAAAUUUGAGCUUAAACGGAACCCUUUUCUUCUUCAAUUGAUUGGAAACUUGCCAGAAGAGGAGCUUGAGCAGUCUACCCUGGCAACAAAGCUUAAUGGAUAUGCUGCAGAGCUUUGUCCACCUAGGAUGCAGAGGCAGAUUGAUGCUAAGAUCGAUGACAUUAUAAGAAAAGGUUGGCCGAUCCUAAGGGAGAUUUAAUUUGACUUUCUGCAUAUCCUAGUUGAUACACAACUUUACAAGCCAUUUUGUGCGCUAAUUUGGGCCGAUAUCUACCAGCUGACAGAACCCUCUCUUGAUUAGAGAUCCAUUUGUUCACAGCGGAAUAGUGCAGAAAAGCCCUUUGGAACUGAGCCUGCUAAUUCAGGUGUGUAGUGUCUCUGAUGCUGGACUCCAGGUGGUUUCGUGGAUUUAGUGUUCUUGUGUCAACUUUACCGUUUGUAAUUCUUUUAUAUGACACGAGACUGCUCAUUGAGAAUGUAAUAUGAAAAAUUAAUAGCUGAAUUUAUCAACUCUUUUUGUGCUUUCACUGACUGAUUA